AUGUCAGGGAUCAUCCCAUAUGAACCUGAAAACUCACCUCAAGAAGCAGAAGAAAAGCAUGAGCAUGAAGAAGAGAAAAGAAGCAAGAAGGUUGGAAAGAGGUUUCUAGGGGUGAGACAAAGGCCCUCAGGAAGAUGGGUUGCUGAAAUCAAGGACUCCUCACAGAAGCUGAGGCUGUGGCUUGGGACUUUUGACACUGCACAAGAGGCUGCUCUGGCUUAUGACAGCGCCGCCAGGCUCCUCAGAGGAAGAAACGCAAAGACAAACUUCCCAUGUCAUGCUCACGCUCAUGAUCAUGAUCAUGAAAGCUGCAGCUUGCUCAAGGGAAAGAAUCCAAGGGUGUUUCAGCUUCUUCAGCGUGCAAUUAUGAAGAACCAUGCAAGGGAAAACCAGAUUACAAGCUUUGUUGAAGAGACUUUUGUUUGUUCAUCAAGCUCUGAUCAUCACAGAAUUAACAAGCUUUCAAGCCUCUCUUUUGGAAGUUCCAAGGUUUAUUCUUCUGUUUUUGUGGCUCCUUCUUUCAGUGCCUCUCUUGGACAAGAUCUAAAAAAUUGUCAAGAGGCUUAGCUUAGCCAUGUUGUUUGUUUUCACUUGUUAAUUGUUCUCCU